UCAAAUCUAACCGCCAGUUUCCACCACCUGCCCCCGCACCGUCCCCGUGACGUAUCACCGCCUCUCUGAUUGGACCGUCCUGCAACCCUUCUCUGACCGCCUCACUCCCGUGACGUCCGGCGAUUGACGCGCCAUCUGGUAGUCGAGCCUGACGCCCACCCGCUCUGUGACGUCAAGAGGUUGAUUUAAUGCGACUGAGAGAACCUCGGUCAAUUCGGCUGCUCGAGCCAAGCAUCGGCUGAAAAGGAAAGGCCCACCUCAGGCAGCCUCGUCUCCCUGCCGUGGGAAAGGGACGAGGAAAUGGUCCCUCUAUAGGCGAGAAAGGAACGAGGCAGCGAUGGCCACCGCCCCCACGAUGGCGAGGGGAGGCAAGGGGCAGCCUCCAGCCGGGAGCCAGAUCCGGCGGCCGAGCUCCCUUUCCAACAUGGAGGGCUAUGAGGGGAUGAUGGUGGGGAUGGAUGUCUCGAGCGGGCCACAGGGGCUUGCCUCGGCGCUCUCCGAGGGGCAGCUGCCCACCGCCAUGCUGGAGAUGCAGUCGGAGUUCAUGGAUGAGCUGGGAUUUCAGCAGGACCCCGUGCUGCGAAAGGCGCCCUCGGAUGGGCCACAGGAACCAGCUUGGCUGAAGCCCUUGGGAUCAAACUGGAAUAAGGUGGCCCUGGCCCUUCUUGGCCUCUGCGUGGCCCUUGCUGUUAUAGCCCUGGUGUUGUACAUUGAGGGCUCCAGGCUGUACCGCGAGGAAACGGGCCAGCUGGCACUGAGCAACGCCCUUCAGCAGAAGAGCAGCCAGCUGUGGGAUUCACUCAGGCUCCACCCCGGGGGCAGCCUGUGCUCAGAUUACCAGCAGAUGUUCACCCACUGGCUCACUGCCUUCUGCAGGCUGGCAAACUGUACCAGCCAGCUGUGCCACAGGCUCUGGAGCUACUUCGACGGCAGCUGCUACUACUUCUCCAGGACAGCGGAGGACUGGGCGUCCGGCCGGCAGGAAUGCAUCGCGCAGGGCGCAGAGCUGCUGGUGAUCCGGAGCAAGCGGGAGCAGAAGUUCGUGGCUGGCUUCGACUCCCGCAACGCGUAUUGGAUUGGUAUGCGGGAGGUACCACAGAACCUGAGCUGGGUCUGGGUGGACGGAACUCCCCUGCAAGAUGACCUGACGUUCUGGGAGCGGGGCUACCCGACCGGUUACUUUGACUACCAGCUGGAGGUGUUUGGCCACUGCGGCAUGCUGCGCAGACGAGCCUGGGUCAACGCCGCCUGCGGCGCGCGCCAUCGCUGGAUCUGCAAGCGCACCUCCGAGAAGCUGCCCUUCAACCUGUGAGCGCCGGGGAGCCAGUCCACCCCCGUCCCAGAGGGCAGCGGGGGCCCAACACCGCACCCUCGGGUGUCCUUCCACCCUACUCCACCUCUCACUCCAACAACACCCCCCCCCUCGCUCUGAGCUACCCCCUCUGGGAGGAGAGACGCGGCAGAUGUGGGGCUGGCGGGUCCCCACUCUGGGAUAGAUGCUGGGCGUGGGGGCAGAGGGAGAUCCCCACUCAAGGAAGGGGCAGUGAAGGAGCUCCGUACUGUGGGAGGGAAGGGAAGGGCACUGGGCUUGGGGCAGUGAGGGAUCUCCCCAGUGUGAGGGGCUGCUGAGGGAGUUACCCUCUGUUGGAGAAGCAGUGAGGGAUCUCCACACAGUGGGAGCAGUGACUGCGGGACGGUGGGCGUGGGUGGGGCGGUGAGGAGGCUUCCAUCUGUUGGAAGAGGUGAGGGAUCUCACGGGGGGCACUGGGCUUGGGGCGGUGAGGGAUCUCCCCAUAGUGUGAGGGGCUGCUGAGGGAGUUACCCUCUGUUGGAGAAGCAGUGAGGGAUCUCCGCACAGUGGGAGGAGCAGUGACUGCGGGACGGUGGGCGUGGGUGGGGCGGUGAGGCUUCCAUCUGUUGGUAGUGAGGGAUCUCACGGGGGGGCACUGGGCUUGGGGCAGUGAGGGAUCUCCCCAGUGUGAGGGGCUGCUGAGGGAGUUACCCUCUGUUGGAGAAGCAGUGAGGGAUCUCCGCACAGUGGGAGGAGCAGUGACUGCGGGACGGUGGGCGUGGGUGGGGCGGUGAGGCUUCCAUCUGUUGGUAGUGAGGGAUCUCACGGGGGGGCACUGGGCUUGGGGCGGUGAGGGAUCUCCCCAUAGUGUGAGGGCGGGUGCACAGAGGAUGGUUUAGAGUAUCAUCGGAGCAUGGGGGGGGGGUGAGGGGAGAGAACACCUUGGCAGCAGCCCCACCAAAGCCCCUCUCAGGCAUGGAGGGGAUAGAGGGGGGUGGGGAAGAGUGGCUCCUGCCUUUGGCCCUUUACUGGUUGGGACGCUUGUAAGGGGUUCGGAGGACGGAGACUGGCGAUUGUAUCGAGCCGGAGGACUCUCUCAUGGCCGUCACUGACUCGAGAUUGCGUUGUACUGGAUGGUUGAUCUGUAAUCAUACUCCCAUCAAUAAAUCUGUGAAGUCUGGCCGGUGUCUGGGAGAGGAUGGUGCCGGGGUCUGUGGGCCAUCUCCCUUGUGUCCAACGGCUCUCCCAGAAGGGGACCGGGCUGAGCAAGCAACAGACUGGAAGGGGGAGGGUGACCACAGACUGGGGGAGUGGUAAAGCAGGGCUCCCUCCAGCGGCCCCUCGCGUUUUCUCGCUCUCAGCCACUGUCUUCAUUCCCGUCCAACUCACAUCCCCACACCCCCUCCUUACUUCCAUCACUCCUGUACGGAGAGAGGCACCCAACCUGCCAUGUGGUAGAGGCUGAAAUGUUAGCGGCUCUUGAAAGAUGUCUUGGUCGGCACGUGAUUGUGAAAAAAUUGAAAAAUAUGGCCUUCCGGGGUCAGACACAGAGUGAAUCUCCCUCCACACCGUCCCAUCACACACUCCUGGGGUCAGACACAGAGUGAA